AUGCCGUCCUUCUCGAAUGACGGCCCCUAUCAAACAGCCACCGCCACGGCCACUCAUCCUCGACCUUUCGACUCGCCGCAAGGGAAACCGCACGAUAAGGCUUCCGUCGGCAACACGUUUCUCUGGACCAACUGGCCCAACGGAGACGCCAACCACAACGACGCCCCCCCGAACGACCGUCAACACCUCGCCAAUGGCAGUGCCUAUUCUCUGAAUGGGCCCCGAUCGAGCGCCAGCUCCUACCACCGAGAUCUCCCUCACUCGAAAGAUGGAAGCAUGCACUCGCUAGGCAACGGAUCCGCUCGAGACCCUCGAGAUGGGGGGAGACCCUCGAUGACGCCGGACAGGGAUUACACCCCGCGAUCCUCGGAUGUCGGCGCUGGUGCCGGUUCGAUAACUUCGGUUUCUGGUCAUCAGCCCAAUGGCACGUCGUUGGGUCCUCGUUCGCUCGGCGGCAAACCGAUGGUGAACGGUGACCAUUCUCGCGCCUCCGUCGACGAAUUGGCCUCCCUGGAUACGUCGGGUAACGUAAACGGAACGCGCUUGUCAUCCUCGCAGCCCGAAGAUAGUGGGUACCUUUCGCCGGACGCCGACCGCAUAUCCCCUUCGCAAAAAGGACCUCAUCGCUACUCUUCCCCGCCCGUGCCGCCGAGCGCGGAUAGCUCUGCCCAGCAGGAUCCGAACCACCCUGGCCUUCGACAGCGUCAUACCCUUCAAGUACCUCGAACGACCAGCGGCCGCCGCAGUAGCCGCGACCACUCCGAAGAUGCUUACAGCAGUGGCCGUUUAUCGCCUACGACGAACGGCCGCCGUCCGUCCUUCACCCUCGGCCGCCGGGCCAGUCGAACCAAUCGCUCCGACACCUUCCCGGACGAGAUGAAUCCUGAAGACGACGCCGCUCGAUGGGCCGAAGCCAUCAAACACAGGAGGGCUUCGAGGCGAAGGCGCCGCGACGAUGACGACGACGAUCGCGUCAUUGUCGGAACGAAGGUGGACCAGAACCACGUAAAUUGGGUCACGGCGUAUAACAUGCUUACGGGCAUCCGAUUCACCGUGUCGCGGAUCAAUGCGAAGAUGGAACGGGAACUAACGCCGGCUGAUUUUGAAGCCAAGCACAAGUUCUCAUUCGACAUGUAUGCGUCGACUGCUUCUCCCCUGAUUUGUAUCCUUUGUGUUCAUCUGCUGAUCAUGCCAUCGACAACAGAACCGGCAAUGAGUUGA